GUGAACUCUGAGCUAGACUAAGCACGAUAUCCGAUAACCAGACGAGCCAAGAUAAACUUUCCUUAUUUUAAUCAGUCUAGUCCAGCUGGAGGCGCGGUAGCGACGCUGAGUCAACUGGACGACACUUAUUGUACAGUGUGGCCAGGGCGGGAGUAUGGCCGGGCCAGCGCCCAGGAUCCACCUGAGUCGCGCCAGCAGCAGCGGCUCCGACGACGCCCACUACCGCCACCCUGGCAGAGGCGACGGUGCUGCCACGGAAGCUGACCUGUGGGCCGCCCUCACUCCUCACCACCUCCUGCUGCUCCGUCAACAGUUCGCGCCGCCCAGAGGCUGGACGGGCCGGGCGUCGCUGGCGGGCAGGGAGGACGAGCCAGGGAUGACCCACUACCUCAACAGGUCUCAGUUCGUGGACGCCGUCUCCAGCCUCCUGGGGAGCCACAAGUUCGAGGGUGUGUGUGGCGCCAUCUUCGACGCGGUGGUGGCGGCCGGCAGCAGCGCCUCGCCCAGCCUCGUCUCCAGCGGUGUGGGCGCUGCUGCUAACAUCAGCAGUAGCAGCAGCAGUAACCUCAGCAGCACCAGCAGCAGUACAGGGAGCAGUGCUGGGAUGAGCUGGAGCGGGUUGGUGUCGUACCUGGCUGCUGGCGUGGGCGGCGGGGGACCCCACACGCCCACACGCCCACUCCUCUCCUCAACACCCCGCUACCGCCUCCUCACCCACAAUAAGCGUGAGGGCGUGGCGGGCGUGGUGGCGUGUGGUGGUGGCGGGGGCGGCCUGCUGGUGGUGGGGGCGCGGGGCUCCCUCACUAAGGUGACUCACAGCACUAAGUGGCACCAGCAACAACACUCCCGCCUCCACCUGGACUCCUCACCCGACGACAGCCUCCAGCCGCUGGCUACACGCAAGGUGGGCCUGGGGACGUGGGUGGUGGAGGUGGCGGUGAUGGAGGAGGAGGUGGCGGUGGUGGCGGCGUCGUCGUCAACACUACACAUGGUGGAGGCUGCCUCAGGGGCCGCCCAGGAGCUCCUGCGUCUCACACACCUGCCAGCUAUGCCCGCCUGCCUCGCCGCCGGGUGUGUGGGGGAGGAGCGGUGGGUGGCUGUAGGGGACGAGAGAGGAUCGGUUCACCUGAUUCGUUUUCCCCACCCGGUGUCGGAGCUGCUCACCCGCUCUCGCAGUGAGGGCCUCACCUCCCUCACCUGGCAGGAGGUGUGCGGACGGGUGCAGGAGGUGAACGGGCGCCUGGUGGAGGUGUGCCGGCGGGUGAAGGUGGUGAGCGCCGCCGGGGUCCACGGCGCCAGCGUCCGUCGCGUCCAAUACCACCCACCCACCUCCAGCCUCGUCUCCUGCAGCACAGACCCCAGGACUAGUGUUGUCCUCUGGGGGCCAGACCACGCCACCAAGACCUACACCUUCGCCAUACCUCGGGGUGUGCGGGUGAUGGCGGUGGAGUGGUCACUACACGUGCUGGUGACUGGCAGUAUGGACGGACGGCUCCGUGUGUGGAACCCGUACGUGCCGGAGGCGGCCCUGGCGCUGCUGCCGCCCGCCCCGGGUCGCGCCCCACCCACUGACCUCCUCGUGUGUUCCCGCCGCCGCGCCAUCAUCGCCUGCGACGCCGACGCCGUUGUGCGCGUGUACGAUGUGGAGAGCUGGCGGUGCCUGCAGACCCUGAGUUUGUCAUUCCCUGGCGGGUCCUGCGGCUUGGCCCCACGCCCUCUCACACUCCUGCACAGCGGACAUUUGCUGGUCGCUUGUAGGGACUACCUGGCCUUCAUUUCACCAGCACUUAGCCCGCACUCCGCACAAUACACAUCUAGUGCGUUCCUACCUCAGCUGGUGAGUGACCCUUGCUGGGAGGGGGAGAGUGAAGAGGGAGACGGUGAACGCGACGAAGACGAUGACUCUAACAAGAAGGACGAAGAAAAUCAGCUCUUUGAGGAUGCCGUGUUAAUGUCGUCGGACGAGAGAAGACAGCGAGCGCAGAUGCGUAGUCUCGUGCGCCAAGGUGCUGCCUUCUGUUGUCUCAAUUUAAAUGAAAUUCCACCCCCUCGCCUGUCCUCUGACCUUCCCUUACCACCUCGGUUGGUAGCCCUGGGUCUGACGGCCAGUAAUCCUGUUGCUCUACUGCCCCAUCUUCCUGUCUCCAAGGUGACCACAGCCAUCACAACUGUAUCACCGCCAUCUUCUGCAGCCACACGCCGCCUCACACCAACUCCCCGCUCCUCACGCCCACAGUCUUCCCGCCCACUUGCUAGGUCCAAGUCUCCUGGAGGUGAGAGUCGUCUGACGACCAAGCCCGACAACAGCCGCAGCAAGCGCCACCUCAGCCCUGGAUGGCGGCCACAACCUGCAAAUCAAGCCUAAAGUUCUCUCAUGAUGAUUGAUAGACUGUAGCGAGAGCAGUUAUUUGUACACUCUUAACACUUGCGUUCACUCUUCCCAUGGAGUCUGCAUUUCAAUGUCUCGUGUACAGGAAAUAUAUCAAAUCAGUUUUUUUAUACCACCGCCGAAACUGUGAACUCUGUGGUAGGAAACUUUAAGAUACUCUAAAACAUUUUCUUGGUGGAUGUCCAGUUAUUUAUUAUUUAAAGGCCACUGGCAUGCUGCAGAUAAAACUUUGUGAUUACUUCACACUCAACAAUAGUUAAAAAUAUACUUGCAGUCCGUCCAGAUAUGGUUGAUGCCUGUACUCCUGUACUCACAAACUGGUACACGGGAGUAGACAUCAGUUGUGAGUUGCGUCCUGGGAGAAGGACAGUUGCGCGCGCGCGCGCACACACACACACACACACACAUAUGCGACAAUGUCAGACCACGGAGGAAAAAUGAAACAGGAAAUUUCCUUAAGUACUUUCGUAUAUUAAAUACAUCUUCAGAAGGUGUAUGCAUAUACAUAUAUAUGCAUACACAUACAUACAUAUAUUUACAUACACACACAUUAUAUAUAUGUAUACACACACACAUAAUAUAUAUAUCACCAACUCGCUUCGAAAUCUGGAAAUAAACUCUCACGUUAUGUCCAGACCAAAUGAGAUGACCUGGAAGGUGGCGUGAAGAUCCUGCUGGAUGACAUAUUCAACCUUGAGACACGAAGGGUAAUCACCACUAAUGAUGCUUUGGAAGCAGAACCUCUGGCCGGAGAAAAGACUCGAGGUAACUACAGAACCACCAUACUCUCUUCUAUGUUCAAAAUAGCAGCUAAGAGCCUUCAAGAGAACAAGGGAAUAGUUGUCAGACCAGGUGAUAAGUUGCCAAUAUUUGUAAUCCUCAAUGAGGAUGAAUGUAUUGAGAAAAGGAACCUCAUACUAUCUUUCCAAACUAAAUUUUCAAAGAUCACAAAGGAUACAACUGCAGAGUUUAUCUGAAUCUAGUUUGUACUCCUCUUGACAUUCUAGAAUUCAUACUCAAAACCUGUACUUAAAUAAAUACUCAAAUAAAUAAUCAAAACAAAUAAAAUACUCAAAACAUGUACUUAAGAGGCACCCUUCCUGAGCUCUGAUUAUGGUCUUACGACGUUCAAACAUUAAGUAGCUGGUGUCGCCAUGUACUCCUUCCUUAAUGUCCAAUUUGUGAACAGAACAUUACCGUCCAAGUAUUUCAGAUAUUUUAUUAUUUACAAUAAAAUUAUUUUACAUUUCA